UGAAAUGGAAGCAAAGAAGGAGAGUAGAAGUUACAAACCUGAUAAGAAGAGGAGGCAGUGCCGAAGAGGAAGUUGGCAGGAAGUGAAGGACGAGCUAAACUCUCUGUCGAAAUUUUUGGAUGAGAUGAUACACAGAGAGGAAGCAAGAUCAGCUCUAAAAGAAACAGAACUUUAA